ACCAACGCCAAUAAGGCCCUAUUGGCUGGCUACUGUGCGCACACACAGUGCGAUUAUUUUUAUUUAUGGCAAGCAAGAAGCUGGUAUUUGUGUUGUAGCUCCAAUCCGUGGCGUCCAAAAUCCCGCUACCCAACCCGGGGUAGGACGGUAGCAUGAUAGCCGUGGAUGGGAAUCGGCAGGAAGAGCGUCCCCGUCUGCUGCAUUCCGACUGCGCCCGCACCCGAAGCCACCGCCGAGGAGGCAAGCGGUGGCGUCCAACAUGGGGAAAGAGGUAAACGGCGUCUCGCGGAGCCGCUUUGAGAUGUUCACGAACAGCGAUGAGGCAGUCAUCAAUAAGAAGCUACCUAAGGAGCUGUUGCUGCGAAUCUUCUCCUUCCUGGAUGUGGUAACGCUGUGUCGCUGUGCCCAGGUCUCACGGUCCUGGAAUGUUCUGGCUCUGGAUGGAAGCAACUGGCAGCGGAUUGACCUCUUUGACUUUCAGCGGGACAUCGAGGGCCGAGUGGUCGAGAACAUCUCAAAGCGAUGCGGAGGGUUCUUGAGGAAGCUGAGCCUGCGGGGAUGCCUCGGCGUGGGCGACAGUGCCCUGAGGACUUUCUCACAGAACUGCAGGAACAUCGAGCUGCUCAGUUUGAAUGGCUGCACCAAGAUCACUGACAGUACAUGUAGCAGCCUGAGCAAGUUCUGCCCAAAGUUGAAGCACCUGGACCUUGCAUCAUGUACCUCAAUCACCAACUUGUCGCUCAAAGCCCUCAGUGAGGGAUGUCCCCUGCUGGAGCAACUCAACAUCUCCUGGUGUGAUCAGGUCACUAAGGACGGCAUCCAGGCCCUGGUCCGAUGCUGUCCGGGGCUCAGGGGGCUUUUCCUGAAAGGCUGUACACAGCUAGAAGAUGAGGCACUGAAGCAUAUUGGCGCGAACUGUCCCGAGUUGGUCACGCUCAACUUGCAAACAUGCUCGCAAAUCACAGACGACGGCCUCAUCACCAUUUGUCGAGGCUGUCACCGUCUUCAGUCCCUGUGUGUGUCAGGCUGCGCCAACAUCACGGACGCCAUCUUGCAUGCACUUGGACAGAACUGCCCCCGCCUAAGAAUAUUAGAAGUGGCCCGCUGCUCUCAACUUACAGAUGUGGGUUUCACAACAUUAGCAAGGAAUUGUCACGAGCUUGAGAAGAUGGAUUUAGAAGAAUGUGUGCAAAUUACAGAUGGAACUCUCAUACAGCUUUCUAUCUACUGCCCUCGGCUGCAGGUUCUAAGUCUAUCCCACUGCGAGCUCAUCACCGACGACGGCAUCCGCCACCUGGGCAGCGGGCCGUGCGCCCACGACCGACUGGAGGUGAUCGAGCUGGACAACUGCCCGCUAAUCACGGACGCCUCGCUGGAGCACCUGAAGAGCUGCCACAGUCUGGAUCGCAUUGAGCUCUAUGACUGCCAACAGAUCACCCGCGCCGGCAUCAAGAGGCUAAGGACCCACCUGCCUAACAUCAAAGUACACGCAUACUUUGCCCCCGUGACUCCUCCGCCUUCCGUGGGUGGCAGCCGCCAGAGGUUUUGCCGCUGCUGCGUCCUGCUAUGAUGCAAAAGACAUCGACAUCGGUCUUCCCCCCCUCUCCCACCACCCCUGUGUCCCGGGGGUCUCUCCUAUACAAGCUUCCUUCCUAGAUCCCCGCCCUCCCCUGGUCAAGCAGUACAUUCUUGCUGUGUCCCCCUUUUGAAGCUGCAGAGAGACCAAAACAGUGCAGGGUAACACACACUCCACACUCUUAAUUUAUUUUUAUUUCACACAAAUGUUGUCAGUGGCAGCACGACGCAGCAGUGUUUCACAGGUUUGCCUCACACUUCUGAGGUACGGGGUUUGAAUCUCAUCUCCGGCCUUCCUGUGUGGAGUUCGCAUGUUCUCCCUGUGCUUGCGAGUUUUUUUUUCGGGUACUACACGUUCCUCCCACAUUCCAAAAACAUGCAUGUUGGGUUCAUUGAAGACUAAAUUGCCCAUAGUUGUGAAUUUGAGUGUGAAUACUUGUGUGUAUACAUCAGACUUUGAGAACUAAAGUGGGCUAACUCCAUUUAUGUCAAGCUAAGUGCAUAAAUGAAUUGAGAAAAGGCAUGUAUUUCAGAUGAAUACUGAUCUAAAUCAAGGUUUAGUUCCAAUUUUGACCAAUAGGGUGAAGUCCAUUAUUAUAGUCAUCACUUCUCCUGAUACAUCAGCGCAGCAGCUGGGCCAGCUUCCAUUUUCGCGCCCAUGAAACCAGGUUUCACCUUUUGCAAAACCAUUCCAGAAAGAAAGUGAGGUUCAGAGAUUGAAAGAAGAGUCAUAAAGUAGGCAGUGCUCUUAGCUCAAGUUAGUAUAAGUUUCAUUGUUCAGGAACUAUUUAUAGAUUUGACAGAUAGUCGGAAUGAACAAAACUUUGAGGUAAACCACUAUUUCUGUAAAACUAACUACUGUAUCGAGAAGUAGUAAUCCCGGUUAGGGUCACGGGGCGCUUGAGCCUAAACCUGCCGACAUCGGGCGAAAGGCAGACCACACCCUGAACUGGUCGCCAGGCAGUCGCAGGGCACGUAUAGACACCGACAACCAUUCACACUCACAUUCACACCGUCACGAGUGGGAACUGAACCCACGCUGCCCGCACCAAAGUCAGGUGAGUGUACCACUACACCAUCAGUGACUCGAAGUAGUAAUAAUUUUCAUAUAAAUCACAAAGAUAAAAAUCCCUCAGAUUUUUCAACCAACCGCGGAACUUUAAAUCACUCCUCUGCAAAAGGGCAAAAAUGGAUUUGGCCCACUCUAAUUCUCAGUGGGUUAAAGUGUGCACUGAUUGGCAAACAAACUAGUCCAGCGUGUACCCCGCCUCUCGCCCCAAAGACAGCUGGGAUAGGCUCCAGCAGUUAAGUGGUAUAGAAAUGGCUGAAUGGAUUAAUGUUAUCACUAGUGUAAAAUGAAUGGAGAAAACGGUAACAACAACCCCAUUGGCCUCACAAUACCUCGGAUUUUCUCUCAACAUCCAAUCGUAUUAAUUGCCAUCAGAAUGUACAUUUAUGAUUGGACCACCCAAUAUGGCCCCUGGAUGAGCUUUCAAAAUGAAACACCCACACUGUCCUUACAUGGGGUCAAAGUAGGCUUUGCUUGAAUGUAUACAAUGAAAAAAAGCAAUGCAAAGGACAUUUAAAAACAAUCUUGAUGGGGAGAAAACAGCUUUUUAUCUCACAUCCUGUACUGUUGGAAAAAGUCCAGAGUCAGCGCCUAGUCCCCCAUCCCCCUCUCCCCUCAAAAGAAGUGACACAACCUGGUGAACUGCAGCAAAAAAUGUAUUUAAAAAAAAAAAAAAGAAAGAAAAAACACAGCAAGCUGUCUGCUUUUUGCACCUUAUCGAAACAACAUCCAGACUGUUUACAAAGAAGAACAUUUCAAAACAUAUUAGGUUUGUACUAACAAUGUGCCCCACUCGCUGGACACACACACACACACACACACACACACCACACACCCACACCAAGGUUGGUACCCCUCCCCUGUCUCUCUUGUCUCUAUGUGCUUCAUUGGCGAAGGGCGGGAAGAAAAGACAAACUAUUUUUCUAAAAUGAAAAGCGGCACACAUUUGGGGACUGCAGAAGAUGCCAAAUGUUGCAUGUGACACCUAUUUUUCGUUCUUUAAAAAAACAAAACUCAAAUGUACAUAAGUGAGGACUGUGGGAGUCUUGGGUUGACGGACGAACAAUUGGAAGAAAAAGAAGAUGACAACAGGAAGAAAAAAAAAAGAUGAUUACUUGUAGAUCAACAGGAAGAAAAAGCCAACCAUGUUCUGCUUUGAUUUCAUCGACUUGUGUGAAAGAGUAGUAGGGCCACACUGAAAAGAUGAACAUAUUUUCAAUAGCAUAGUUUACGUUUUAGUCAUGUUACAAAAAUAAAUUUGUAAUAUUGCUAGAAUAUAAUUUUUAUGAGUGAGUGUCACAAUUCCUAAAUGCUUCAUGAGCCACUUCCGCUCUCUACAAACCUGUCAUAAAUUCAUAUUUGUUAAAAUUUCUUUAAAGGGACCAAAAAAAAGUGUAAAUUUGAGUCUCUUACAAUUAUUCUCUAAAAUUGAUAUCAUUUUUGCUUGUAAUAUUACUUUAUUUUCAUAAAUUAAAAAUGUAUUUUCAUAUUACUGCUUUAUUCAAUGUAACAUUUUAACUUCAUCCAGAAACUUUUCUGGUAAUGAUUUUUUAUUUGACAUUUUAAAUAUUUAAAAAAAUUUGGAAUAUGUCAAGCGGCUCAGAAAAUGGAUGGAUGGAUGGAAUAUGUCAACUGUCAUCCAACAUUACAACUUUUUCUUGUGAUAAUGACAUUUCCCAUUUAAAUCUUUUUGAUGUUACACCUUUAUUCUUGUGAAUACUCAUAAUCAUGCUUUUAUUUACAUUAAAUUAGGGCAGGUUUUUUCUAUCCCAAAAAUAACAAACUAUUCCUGUAAAAAUAUUUUUUUUUUUUUUUAAUUUUGUAAUAUUUUGGCAAUUCUCAUAAUUUUAUUACCUUUUACGGAGUACUAGGUUUUGUUUUCCCAAAUGUUUUGAUAUUCUGCCAAUUCUCAUAAUUGUAUUACAUUUUCCCGUAAUAUUGACAGUUUUAUUCACGUUAAAUUGGUGCAUUUUUCUACUCAUUACAACUUUAUUCUCGUAAAAUUACACCUUUUUUAUUUGUAAUAAUCAGCAUUUUUUGUCGUAAUACUCUUGACAUCUAAUAUUACGACCUUAUUUUCAUACAUUACAACUCCUGUGAUUUACAAUUUAGUUCUAAUUCAAUUACAUCCCAUCUUAAUAUACCAGCAUUAUUCAGAAAAACAAAAAUUUUACUUCCCCUUACGUUGAAACUUUAUCGUUGUAAAAAUGACCAUUUUGAUUUUGUGAAAUAAUGAGGAUUUUUGGGGUAAUAUUUUGACUUUACCCUCAUUCCCCCCCCAAUCAAGUGUGGCCCUAAUACUCCUUCGUUGACUCCUGGGGGCCAGAAGGGGUUGUGGUUGUGAAUGACCCAUGAAGUAUUGAAACCUCCCACUACCUGCUUUUUUCUUUGACCCAUCCCCCCACCCCCACCCCAUGGAGGUGUCACUUCAUUCUGUAUUCAACUCCCCUUUCUUUGCCUUUUUAAUUUCUUUUGGCGUGGCUCCGAUUGCACCUGCCUCGUUCUGCAUUCAGUGUCUCCUCUAAGAUUUUGUGUUUCUGUCGUCACAAAUGUCCAGGCUAGGUGCAAUUGUAAGUAGGAUUUUUCUUUUUUUUUUUUUUUUUUCUUUCUCCCUGUCUCCCCCUGAUAUUACUUCUUGAAUGUCCCUGAGUGAGACAUCUCUUCAGGCAUGACCUGCCACUUGAGAAAGAUUUUAAUUCAUUUGUAUACGUUGCCCUCCUUUCUCCUAUUAUCCUGCACUAAAUUACUCAAACUGAGACUGAAACGUGGAAUGUUAAAGCAUCCUAAAUGUCCCCAAAAUGGAUUGGAGGCGAAACAAGCUUGAGUCAAGAUUAUAAUAAUUUUUGUGGGAUAAUGCGAGAUGGAAUGAGCCCUGGGUAAUCCCGCUCGAGCCGUUUUGUUUGAGCGGGGUUUUACACGUGGGAUUAGGGAACGUGUCAAAAUGGCAGCCGUGUACUCCGGAGGAAGGAGCGCAUAAAGGAGCUUGCUGGCCCAUGUGUCAAUACUGGAGGAAAGCGUUAAGAAGCUGACUGACCCAUGUUUCAAUGCUAACUCUGAAAAACUGGAAGUAGUCCGGUGGCCCUUGUGUCAGCGCUAACUGAAUAUACCAGAAGGAAUGUGUGACGGAGUCCGCUGGCCCAUGUGUCAACGCCACUGGUCCAUAUGUCAACGCUAAUGCUGAAAACCACAAAGGAGUUUUCUGGCCUAUUUGUCAAGGCUAAAUCUAAAUAUGCCAGUAGGAAAAUGCAGAGGGGCACUUGUGUCAACUUGCUGGUCAAUGUGUCAAUCCUAACUCGGAAUAUAUUGGUAGAAAAGCACGAAGGGCUUUGCCGGCCCAUGUGUCACUGUUAACUCUGCUUGUCUGUUGGCCCAUGCGUCAACAUGCACUUUUUACCGGUAGGAAAGUAUAAAGGAAUCUAAUGGGCCUGGCCGGUGUUGCUAACGCUGAAAUGUGCAAAGGAGUGUUCUCGCCCAUUUUUUACGGUUAUUUCUGAAUUUACCAGUAGUAAAGCAUGAAUGAGCCCGCUGACCCAUGUGUCAACAUGGGCGAAAAGCGUACCGCAAUUCGCCAGACCAUAUGUCAAGGCUAGCUCUGAAUAUACUGAUCGGAAAGUGCCGAGGAGCCCGUUGGACCAUGUGUCGACGCUAACAUUAAUAUACAGGUUGAAUUACAUGGAGGAGUCUGCUGGCCCAUGUGUCAACGCUAACGAUUAGUCCAUUGGCCCAUGUGUCAACGCUCACUUUGAAUUUACCGGUAGGAAAGCAUUAAGGAGUCGGCGUGUGUCAACAUCACCAGAAAGCAAACUCCCUGUUCCCCUGACAUUUAAGAACACAAAAGCACUGGAGAUAGAACCCAAGAGGUGAACGCACCCACCCGGUUGCCCCCCCAAACAGAACGUUCAUUGACAUAUGGGCGAUAUUUAAAAUUGACAAUGACUGUAGUUCAUACAAUUACUGUAAAUCUUUUCCUUUAUUUCUUUUUUUUUUGU